AUGUCUUCCGACUUUCCUAACUCCCAUACCUCCCAUAACACGUCCGAUCAACCCGAUUUUCUGGUGCCGCAAUCUUAUGUCGCACGUAAUCCCGAAUCUCGACUAGUUCCCGCUCGACGACGCGAUAUGGACGAUCACGAAGUUGACGAAUUUGGGCAAGGUCCCUCCAACGCCCUUGGGCAGUUUUCUUUCGCGCCAACGACACGUACAACUGUCGUGACAACAACAACCACUACAACCACUUCGUUCCCGCCCCUGGCGAUCAAGCCUCCACGAGCAGUGAGGGACUUGGAUGCCCGACAGUACCCACUAGCCGCGACGCCAACACCAGCCGCCUUAAAGAAUCUCAAGUUCAAGAUUGGCGACAAGUCGAUCGUUUUUAAUGAACCAGACGACUCUGCAUCGGUAGCCACCGAGCUGAAGGAAAAGAACGAUGCCUUGAAAGCUUCCAACGGGUCGAUCCGUUCGGUAAACUCGUUCACAUCCGAGGACGAUACUAUUUCUCGCCGACUAGGUCCCCCGCGUUCCAUGACCCGGAUGAACCAUCCUCACUCACAGAAUCGCCCCGUCUCCCCGGUCUCCAACUCUGAUCCCCGCCCCUUUGUCCUUCCGCGAACACGUGCAAGUCGAGUUCCUUCCGAGCCUGUCGCACGUCGUACUCGCCAUAGCUCAAAUAUCCAUCUUUCUCCCGCUGGUCUGGCCACUCCAGAGACAGAAUUGAACAUUGGCAGCCUUGGAGAUGCGGCAGCAGCUACGAGACCAAGAAUACACAGUGCAAAUUUCCCGCGUCGAGAGACGCCGUUGCGAUCGCCUCUGUCGACCGAAGCUGGAGCACUGAGUACUUUGCAUAAGUCAAGUUCAACCGAAAAUCGGGAGCUGCAAGGUCCUUCGACCGACGGGAAUCACCCCCCUGUAUCCGAUCCGGCACCCACAAGUCAAAAUGUCUCAUUUGCUACGGAAACAACUUCGCAGCAACGCCCGGACUUGUCAGCUCAGCUCUCAGCAAUCGACAAUGCUAUGGCCCAAGACAUGUGUUUGCCAAGCCCCAGCCUGUCACCAGUUACCGCCAUGAAUGCACUGCACGCCGAGUCCUCUUUCGAAUCAGAAGGACCUGAUGUCGACACGGAUUCAAGUUUAGACCAUAAUGUUCCACGGCACUCCAAGGCAAUGCGUCUUCAUGAUGCAGAUUCGCGAGGAAUGAAUCUGUCUAUGGCACCAACAUCACGAUCCCAGCCAUCUUUGAUGGAUAUGCCCAAAGUUUUGGAUUUCUUCGACUCUGUUCCUGAUGAACUAAAGACAUACCUCAUGUACCAAUUCUUGCGACGUUGCCCGAAACCAACCUUGCAUUUCGUGGCUGAUGUGGUCAACCCCACCUUGAAGUGUGACUUCUUGACAUUGCUCCCCUUGGAGCUCAGCCUGAAUAUUGUGAAAUAUUUUGAUGUUCAGACCAUGUGUCGCGCCGCACAAGUCUCGAAGAAGUGGCGUCACAUCGUCAAUUCGGAUGAGAAAACCUGGAAAGAGCUUCUUGACCAAGAUGGGUAUGUUCUUUCCGAGGGAGAGCUGGAGCGAGCCAUUAGAGAGGGUUGGGGCUGGCAGUGCAGUAGCCCUGAUGAUUGGGAGAGAGAUCUGAGCACCACAGUGGUCAGAAAAGAGCAUGAACUCUCUCCUGUCCCCUCAUCAUCUGCCACCAGUGACAGGGCUCCACUCACCGCUCUGCCGCUCAACAGACGCCCCAAGCGGAAGGCGAACACACGUGCUUCAAGCCGGAAGCUUGCGAAACGCAAGAUUUCAUCAAGCGGAACAGAUUACUUUGAGCCAGACUGGAAGAAAGAUAUUGCUGCGUCAGAGGCCCCGUACGCUGCGGCCAACACUGCCGCUGCCGCUGUCCCCUACCCAGAAGUCGGUCUUCCCUCCCUGCGUGGUCUUUACCUCUAUAAGGCUCUUUAUCGCAGACUUCAUGCCAUUCGACAAGGAUGGAUGAAACCAGAGGUCAAGCCACAACAUAUCGCUUUCCGGGCUCACGACCGUCACGUCGUAACAUGUUUGCAGUUCGAUUCGGAUAAGAUCUUGACUGGCAGUGACGACACUAAUAUAAACGUAUAUGAUACCAAGACUGGUGCCCUCAAGGCCACCCUGGAGGGGCACGAUGGCGGUGUCUGGGCUCUUGAGUACCACGGUAACACCCUGGUGUCCGGGUCCACUGAUCGCUCCGUUCGCGUUUGGGACAUUGAGCGAGCCCGGUGCACUCAAGUGUUCCAUGGCCACACGUCCACUGUCCGUUGCUUGCAGAUCGUCCUGCCGACCGAGGUCAGCCGUGACGCGAAUGGACGUGCCGUGAUGAUGCCGAAGGUGCCCUUGAUUAUCACCGGAUCUCGUGAUUCUAACUUGCGGGUGUGGAAGCUUCCGAAGCCCAGUGACCCGGUGUAUCUUCCUCACGGCCCCGCCGCGGACGAUUAUGACUGCCCGUAUUUUGUCCGUGUCCUAACUGGCCACACCCAUUCGGUUCGUGCGAUUGCGGCGCAUGGUGACACCUUGGUUAGCGGUAGCUAUGAUUGCACCGUGCGAGUGUGGAAAAUAUCCACCGGACACGUCCAGUUUACUCUAACAGGUCACACACUGAAGGUGUAUAGUGUUGUAAUGGACCACAAGCGCAAUCGCUGCAUCAGUGGUGCAAUGGACCACAUGGUAAAGAUUUGGUCGCUCGAUGAUGGAGCUUUGCUUUAUAAUCUCGACGGCCACUCUUCUCUUGUUGGUCUUCUGGCUCUGCAAGGUGAUCACCUUGUUUCGGCUGCAGCAGACUCCACGCUGCGAAUUUGGGAUCCACAGCGUGGUCACUGUAGGAACACACUCAGUGCUCAUACUGGUGCCAUCACUUGUUUCCAGCACGAUGUCCAAAAAGUUAUUUCUGGAUCGGACCGGACCUUGAAAAUGUGGGACGUUAGCAACGGCAAUUGCAUUCGAGACCUCCUGACCGAUCUCAGCGGUGUAUGGCAGGUCAAAUUCAACGAUCGUCGGUGUGUUGCUGCAGUGCAGCGGGAUAGUCUGACGUAUAUCGAGGUCCUUGACUUCGGUGCCGCACGAGACGGUGUUCCCGAAAACAGACUCGGACAGCGUGUCGUAGUGAAUCGUCGUGGCCACGAGAUUGCGGCAGGCACUGAUUCCGACUCCGACUCCGACUAA